AUGUCGUCCGCCGAGUCCCCCGCUGUUGCCUCCGCCGAGGCCGUCUCUGCCUCCACCCAGGCUCCCGCUGCUGCUCAGCAGCAGGCUGCCGGCAACCAGGCCAACAACAACAACAACGCCGAUCCCAACAACACCUCGCUCUACGUUGGUGAGCUCGACCCCUCCGUCACCGAGGCCAUGCUCUUUGAGAUCUUCAACAUGAUUGGUCCCGUUGCCAGCAUCCGUGUCUGCCGUGAUGCCGUCACCCGUCGCUCUCUCGGCUACGCCUACGUCAACUUCCUCAACGCUGCUGACGGUGAGCGUGCCAUGGAGCAGCUCAACUACUCGCUCAUCCGCAACCGCCCUUGCCGUAUCAUGUGGUCUCAGCGUGACCCCGCCCUCCGACGUACCGGUCAGGGCAACAUCUUCAUCAAGAAUCUUGACGCCGGUAUCGACAACAAGGCCCUCCACGACACCUUUGCCGCUUUCGGUAACAUUCUUUCCUGCAAGGUCGCCACCAACGACACUGGCUCCCUCGGUUACGGUUUCGUUCACUACGAGACCGCAGAGGCUGCCGAGGCUGCUAUCAAGCACGUCAACGGCAUGUUGUUGAACGACAAGAAGGUCUACGUCGGUCACCACAUCCCCCGCAAGGAGCGUCAGGCCAAGAUCGAGGAGUCGCGUGCCAAGUUCACCAACGUCUACUGCAAGAACGUCGACCCCGAGGUCACCGACGAGCAAUUCGAGAAGCUCUUCACCAACUACGGCAAAAUUACCUCUUGCGUUCUCCAGCGUGACGACGACGGCAAGUCCAAGGGAUUCGGUUUCGUCAACUUCGAGGACCACGAGGAGGCCCAAAAGGCUGUUGACGAGCUCCACGACUCUGACUUCCACGGUCAGAAGCUCUUUGUUGCUCGUGCCCAGAAGAAGAGUGAGCGUGAGGAGGAGCUCCGCCGCUCCUACGAGGCCGCCAAGAACGAGAAGCUCGCCAAGUUCCAAGGUGUCAACCUCUACCUCAAGAACAUCCCCGAGUCGUACGACGACGAGCGUCUCCGCGAGGAGUUUGCUCCCUUCGGUACCAUCACCUCGUGCAAGAUCAUGCGCGCUCCCUCUGGUGUCUCGCGUGGUUUCGGUUUCGUGUGCUACUCGGUUCCUGAAGAGGCUAACAAGGCUGUCUCUGAGAUGAACGGCAAGAUGCUCGACAACCGACCUCUCUACGUCGCUCUAGCUCAGCGCAAGGACGUUCGUCGCCAGCAGCUCGAGGCCCAGAUCAUGCAGCGCAACCAGCUCCGUCUUCAGCAGCAGGCUGCCGCUCAGGGUAUGGGCUACCCCGGCCCCGGCAUGUACUACCCCCAGCCUGGUGCUUUCCCUGGCCAGCCCGGUGGCAUGGUCCCCCGUCCUCGUUACGCCCCUGCCGGCAUGAUGCCCCAGGGUAUGCCCAUGGCUCCUUACGGCCAGCCCGGUCAGUUCCCUGCCGGUAUGAUGCCCCAGGGUUACCGCCCCGCCCGCCCUCCUCGUGGUGCUCCCAACGCCGCUGGUGGCCCUGCUCCCCCCGCCGGUGCUCGUCCCCCUGCUGGUGUCAACGGUGCUCCCCGCCCCGCCGGUCAGCCCGUCCCUGGCCAGCCCAUGCCCCGUGGCCCUGGUGCCCGCCCCGCCGGUCGUCCUCAGGAGGUCGCUGGUCAGCCCGGUACUUUGACCGCCGCUGCCCUCGCCAAGGCCAGCCCCGAAGAGCAGAAGCAGAUGCUUGGUGAGGCUAUCUACCCGAAGGUUGCCGCCAGCCAACCCGAGCUUGCCGGUAAGCUCACUGGUAUGAUCCUCGAGCUUCCCGUCACUGAGCUCCUCCACCUUCUCGAAGAGCAGGAGGCUCUUGACGCCAAGGUCAACGAGGCUCUUGAGGUUCUUAAGGAGUACCAGCAAAACGAGACUACCCCUGAUGGCGAGACUGAGGCUCCCAAGACUGAGGCUUAA